UACAAUUUUUUAAAGUUCUUCUGUCCUUUUUCGACUUUCAUCAGUCCCUGGGUAGCAACCACAGAAAAGUCAAACACUCACAAAAGUCAAAUAAGACACAAAUACCUUCGCAAAUAUCCAUCUAACACCCGCACCAUCAUCAUAAAACAAUAUGCAAAUUACUUGGACAGCUGAUUCUAAGCAUACCGGUGACGUAGGCACUGACGUAAUGGCCCCCAUGACACCGACCUUACCAGACAACCGAUCUAUUUAGGAACCGUGACUUUCCAUAUCUGUGGUUUGCAAAUUUUACACAGAUUGUAAUAAAACUGGCGGACGGCGGACUAAUUGAAACGACUAAUUUCAGAUGAUUUUACCCUAGUUAUACUUGAAAUUUACAUAACUCUCCCCGAGCAGGUUGUGUUAAAAUUGUUUACUUAAUACACAUUUCAUCAUAUAAAAGAUUUUUAAACCAUGUAGUCAAAUAAAUAUUUUUUAAUAGGAACUCUCCAUGGACCUACAAAUAUGUAAGACAAAUUGUUUUUGAUUCUAAUCUGUUGUUUUCGUUAUUAUACGUUCCUAAAUUUCAAUAUUUUAGGAAAUACAUCAUUUGAUCAAAUGGGAACAAGGUCGAGGAUCUCGGGUUAGAAGAAGAAGAAAAAUGGAGGUUAGUGAUUGUUCUCGUAAUUUAUAUUUUUAUUAUUUGUACAGUGUGCAUUUUUUAUCAUUUUUGUUUGUUAAAUUGAGCUAAAAUGGACAAUAAAAAGGAAUAUCUGUGCAGACUGUGUCUUAGUGCAAUAUGUGAUGAAAAUUUCGAAGUGAUAAACGAAAUUACUACAAAAAACUUAGAGAUGAUCUUACCAAACACAAAUUUGGAGGUAAGCGAAAAGCCAGUGAUGUGUAAUAUUUGUUCCGAUAGACUCAAAGAUGCAUUCAGUUUUAAGUCUGCCUGCCUUAGUAACAGUAACUGCGCGAGUGUCGUGGAAAACGUACCCAAAAUUAAAGUGGAAUGUUCUGAUGAAAAUAUUUGUGACAGUAAAUCUUUUGAUGAGAAAAAAUGUUUUCUGUGUGUGCAGUUGAUAGUUGACCAUCCUAUCUCAUUAGCUGCAGAAGGAGAGGAAAUUAGUUCGGCUAGAAAUAUGAUCCAGAAAUAUAUACCCGAGAUGGACUUAAAAGACAAGAACCCUGUGAUUUGCGAAACCUGCCACCAAAGCGUUCAACAAAUUUGCAACUUCCUCCAAAGCUGCAUGGAUGUAGAAGAAAAAAUAAUGGACUUUCGUAAACGUAAAGAAAAAGACAUUACGUUUAUCGAUUUAAAGGACGUGAUACAAUUUUCAUCGGAAGAACAGGAGGAAGGUCUGAAACAAAACGAGAUGUGUGGCCCAGAAACGAAUGUGCCUGAAAGUAACAUUAAAACGGAGGCUUUCAUGGAAGCUGACUAUUUGAAUGUGUGCAUUAAAACCGAAGAGCCCAGCAACGAUGAAAUAGAAAUUGAACCCGAGGAACAGAUCACACUGAAUGAAAAUAUCAAUAUCAAGAAUGAGGAAGUCGAUGUUAAAUUGGAAGUAACUUACAGUGAAAGCGCCACGUCAGUACCCUGCACGGACGUCUUGUUAGAGGAAAGCAACGAUGUGUGGGACAUCCUCAGAGAAGAAAGCCACAAUUUUUCAGAAGAAGAAGGCAACUCACACAGAAAGAGAAGUAGCUCAUCUUUAGACUUUUUACCUGUUUCAACAGCUAUGAAGAUCCGGUGCGGGUCGUGCAGGAAAAUCGUGAAAAGCGGCCCUAACUUCAUGCACUCGAAGAUCUUCUUUCGAGACACAGUCCUCGACAACACCUCCUAUAAGUGCGAGACUUGUAAACGCGAAACCGUUGACUCGCUCUACUCGCCUAACCUAACCUACAACAAUCGUUUUGAAGCGGUGAAGUUCAAAUGUAGUAUAUGUAUGUAUGAGACAAAAUACCGCAGUGCUCUCAAGUCUCAUAUGUUGAAACAUAAAGACAGGUCGGAAGUUAAAAUGUAUAAAUGCGACUACUGUAACUAUGAAACCAGACACAAAACGGCAUUGAAACCCCACAUUUUAAAACACCAGGAUCCAUCGCAAGUUGAGAUGUUCCACUGCGACUCCUGCGAAUAUCAGACAAGAUACAAACCUGCUCUGAAGUCUCAUCUGCUCAACCACAAAGACCCGUCGGAGAUCAACAUGCAUUCUUGCGACAUGUGCGAUUACAACACAAGGUUCAAAAGUUCCCUCAACUCGCAUAUGCUCAAGCAUAUGGACCCGUCGGAGAUUCAGAUGUUUAAAUGCGAGAUCUGCACCUAUGAGACUAAACAUAAAACGUCGUUAAAGUCUCAUAUGCUUAACCAUAAAGAUCCGUCAGAGGUGAAGAUGCAUAAAUGCGAAGAGUGUGACUACAACACUAAGUUUAAGAGUUCCUUGAAGUCACACAUGCUAAAGCACAAAGAUUCUUCUGAAAUUCACAUGUAUAAGUGCGACUCCUGCGAAUAUGAGACUAGACAUAAAAGCGCGUUGGCGUCUCACAGUUUAAACCACAAAGACAACUCUGAGGUGCCACUUUAUCUGUGCAACUUGUGCCCUUACGAGACCAAGCGAAGGGCCAACUACAAAUUGCACAUCAUGACCCAUAAAGACCCCUCAGAAAUCCAAAUGUACACAUGCGAGACAUGCGGAUACAGCACCAAGUACAAAAGCGUCCUCAAAUCUCACAAAUUAAUUCACCAGGAUCCGUCAGAAGUGGAAAUGUACCGGUGCCACCUGUGCGACUACGAAACCAGACGGAGGCAAAAUAUAAAAAUGCACGUUCUGACACAUAUGGACCCCUCCGAAAUUCCCAUGUACACGUGCGACCACUGCGAGUACAAAACCAAGUACAAGAGUGCUCUCAAGUCGCAUCUUCUAAACCACAAAGAUCCCUCCGAAAUACAAAUGUUCAACUGCGAGAGCUGCGAGUACAAAACAAAGUACAAGUUCUCGCUCAAAUCGCACAUGCUGAGUCACAAAUCCGCCUCAGAAGUACCCACGUUCACUUGCGAGUUGUGCCCGUAUGAGACCAAGCGUAAAGCGAACUACCACUCGCACAUUUUAAUCCACAAAGACCCGUCUGAGGUCAAAAUGUUCGAGUGCGACACGUGCGAGUACAAGACAAGGUACAGAAGCGCGCUCAGCUCGCACUUGCUCAGUCACAAAGAUCGAACCGAGACGCAGAUGUACAACUGCGAUGAAUGUCCGUACGAGACCAAGUACAAAGGCGCGCUUAGGACACACAAACUGAACCACAAAGAUUCUUCGGAACUGAAAACAUACUCGUGCACUUUGUGCACGUACGAGACGAAACGCAAGAUGAACUUCCAUGCUCACAGUUUGAGCCAUAAGGAUCCGUCGGAGGUUCAGAUGCACGCUUGUGACACUUGCGAGUACAAAACUAGGUACAAAAGCGCGCUUAAAUCUCACGCCUUGGCCCACAAAGAUCCCUCGGAGAUUGAAAUGUACAAGUGCGAGUUCUGUGAGUAUCAAUCCAGGUACAAGAGUGCGAUUAAGACACACGUUGUGAACCACAAACAACCCUCGGAGAUUCAGAUGUUCAAGUGCGAAAGCUGUGAGUAUCAAACUAGGCAUAAAGGUUCGCUCAAAGCGCAUUUGUUGAAGCAUAAAAGUCCCUCGGAAGUACCUAUGUUCACUUGCGAAUGUUGCCCGUACGAGACCAAGCGUAAGACCAGCUUCAAGUCGCACAUGUUGAUGCAUAUGGACCCCUCGCAGAUACAAAUGCACGCUUGCGACAAAUGCGAGUACAAAACGAAAUAUAAAAGUGCCCUUAACUCGCACGUUUUAUCCCACAAGGACCCGUCGGAGAUAAAGAUGCAUACUUGCGAGGUCUGCCAAUACACCACAAAGUAUAAAGGAGCGUUAAAGUCGCACAUGCUUAACCACAAAGAUGCGUCCGAGGUCACGGUGUACACCUGCGAGUUUUGUACGUACGAGACGAGGCGUAAGACUAACUUUCACAUACAUUCACUGUCCCACAAGCAACCGUCAGAGAUACAAAUGCACUCGUGCGACGUAUGCGAGUACAAAACAAAAUACAAGAGCGCUCUGAACUCGCACGCCUUGUCCCACAAAGACCCCUCGGAGAUACAGAUGUUCAAAUGUCACACUUGCGAGUACGAGACGCGGUACAAAAGCGCUUUAAAAUCACACGUAGCGAACCACAAACCCAACGAAGGGCAGUCGUACAAAUGCGACGGUUGCGAGUUCGAAACCAACAACAAAUCUACGUUAAAAUCGCAUAUUAUCACACAUAAAGAUCCGUUGGAGGUGGUUAUCUACACUUGCGACUCUUGCAGCUACGAGACGAAGCGCAAAACUAACUACCAAUCGCAUUUGUUGAUACACAAGGAUCCGGCAGACGUUAAGAUGUACCAGUGCGACGAGUGCGACUACGCGACGAAAUACAAGAGCUCCUUGAAGUCGCACGUGUUGAACCACAAGGACCCAUCGGAGAUCGAGAUGUUUAAAUGCGACAUGUGCAGCUACGAAUCGAGAUUUAAGAGUAGCCUCAAGUCACACAUUCUCAACCACAAAGAUCCCUCGGAAAUAGACAUGUUCAAGUGCGACGAGUGCGACUACGAGACGAAGUAUAAGCGCGCGUUGUCUUCGCACAAACUGAACCACAUGGACCCGUCGCAGAUUCCCAUGUUCAAGUGCGCGUCUUGCGACUACGAGACCAAGUAUAAGAACGCGUUGAAGUUACACGUGGCGCACCACAAGGAUCCGUCGGAAGUGGAGAUGCAUUCGUGCGAAAAGUGCGAUUAUAAAUCGAAGUACAAGUCGUGUCUGAAGUCGCACAUGGCGAAGCACGAGGAGCUUUCCGUCAUUUGAGUCGCUUUUACGUACGGCGGAGCUGCAAUGCGAUUGGAGAGGUGGAAGCCGGAGAUGAAAAACGCUUUUUGUCUCUUUGUUUCCAGCGGUUUACCGAGAUGGAACUGAAGAUUAGGAGGAAUUAUACCCACGGAAAGGGAAGAGUAGUUCUUACUUAAAGUGUAAAGAACUGAAAUUUACUUGUAUAGAGAAGAAUAUCGUUAAUGUGUAAAUAGUUGACGCUUAAAUGCUUGUAUUACAUGGAGAAUUACGGCAGAGGUGGGUGAAGUAGAUCUAAAAAAAAAAAGAAAUGUAUCUGGAAUGAUAGGGACUGUACAUUGAUUUAUGUAGGGUGUUAGGUAAAUAACUUUCGUAGAAGUAACAGUUGAUUCUUUGCAUCAUUUUGAAGAAAUUUGGACAUGUUAAAACUUCAAUGGCGCCCAACUGUAACUCCGAUCGUCACAUUUCGAACUUCGAACGGAACUGUAAAAUUUGAUAUUAAUUUUGCAAAUAAAGUGUAUAUGAUAUUAAAAUAGCUGUUUGCAGCAAAAACGUCGGUUAAUUGAAAAU